AUGGAAUUGGUCGACAAAAAAGUUGGUUCACUCGUGUAUAGUAGUUCGAUUUCAGAAGAAGAGCCGGUGGCCCUGGACGAGGCUCAUGAGAACGGAGCGCACGAGAAAACGGCCACGGCCAGCGCGGAUUCAGAGCUGGGAGCCAAACUGCAACGGCGCGGGGAGCUGAACGAGGGCGUCGGUGAACACCAGCAGCCCAGCAUGAAGGUGUUUAACCCCUACACCGAGUUCAAGGAGUUCUCGAGGAAGCAGAUCAAAGACAUGGAGAAGAUGUUCAAACAGUAUGAUUCAGAGAAAGAUAACUUUAUCGAUCUGAUGGAGCUGAAGCUGAUGAUGGAGAAACUUGGUGCACCUCAGACUCACCUGGGCCUGAAGAACAUGAUCAAAGAAGUAGAUGAGGACUUGGAUGGCAAACUCAGCUUUAGAGAGUUUCUCCUUAUCUUCAAAAAAGCAGCAGCAGGAGAGCUGGCGGAGGACAGCGGGCUUCAUGUCUUGGCACGUUUGUCAGAGAUUGACGUGUCUACUGAGGGAGUGAAGGGAGCCAAAUCAUUCUUUGAGGCAAAAGUGCAGGCCAUUAAUGAAUCAAACCGGUUUGAGGCGGAAAUCCGUCAGGAGCAGGAAGAGAAGAAGCGUGAGGCGGAGGAGAGGAAGACAAGACAAGCUGCUUUCAAAGAGCUAAAAUCAGCCUUCAAAUAGCCUCAUCCACCUCGACAGCCUCGAUUUACUCAUCCACUUUUGUCCGUCUGUCUGUCAUCCGAGUCCCCUGCAGUCAGAGAUACUAUGCAAGGCUGUGAAAUGCUCCGAGAUCCAUGCAGAUUCAUCUUCCUGAGAGAGGGACACCUAUGUAGUUCGUGCUCAUUAGCGGAUGUCGGUGUUGAAAUCGUCUGUUUUAUCGUGGCCUGUUUCUCUCACUCUCACUUUUACUCUAAGGCUUAUUUUAAAUGUGAAGCCAGACACUGAUCUCAAUACACUGGAUUGGAUUUGUUCCGUUUCAGUCGCAUGUGUAUAUAUUUACUGUAGUUCAUUCUCCCCAUCGUUGCGUCAGCUUCGUUUUAACUGGAACGGCAUUUUGUCUUGUUCUCGUCGAUGUGUCAGUAGAUUAAAAUCUAACGGUUUAAAGGGUUUUUUUUUUUUUUUUUUAAUAAUCAACUAGUACGCUCAGUAUGCCACAUCCAGUCCAUUGUAUUCAUAUCAGUGGCAAUUGCACUAGUGCAAAACAUCAUUUCCUGUUUAACCAGGAAAUGCUUUUCACUGUACCGUGACUAACAAAACAUUCAUUGCUGACCAUUUGAACAUGACAGGACAAACAUUAGUAUACACCAGACCUCUGCUCUCGUUCACAGAUACAUUAAAUAGUAAGAGCAUAAAAUAGCCUAUAUUUUUACUGAGCAGAGAGAGAGAUGGAGAAGGGGUUUUGUAAUAGUGUUUGCUGAGUGUUUAUCAAUAUUCUCUUGCAUGGCCACUGUGUCGUUUUUCCUACAUGGUUCCCUUUAGUCUUUAAGGUGUUAAAUGUGGCACAUACGAGCUUACAAUUAGUCUUUAGAAUCAAAAUGAUGAUGUGAAAUGGCUGUACAGUCAUUACAACUCUAUUUCUUCAGCUUGUGUGGUUCAUGUCGAUGGAGGUGUUGUCAGGACAAGGUCAUCUGACCGUUUGACCUCUGAACCCCUGUCUUUUGUGCUUCCAUGUGUGCUGAACAAGUAACUGUGACAUGCUUAUGGGGUUGCUCAGAUACCACAGAUGGCAUGAAAUCCACCUCCUCAGCUUUUAUAUAAAGCGAUAGUUCCCCCAAAAAUCAUUUACUCACCCUUGUGUCUUUCCAAACCUGUAUAGCUUUCUUCUU